UAACAACUAAAUCAAAACCACAGAGCGUCAGAGCGCGGGGUUUAAGCUCCUUGAGUCCUUGGAAUAAGAUUUUAGCAAUUAGCAACAAGGGUUCUCCAAGCUUCAAGAAGAAAGAAAAAACCUCCGACAACAAUGGCGGAAACAUACGACUUCGAAGGCCUAAACGAUCCUUUCUCAUCUAAACGCUCAAAUCUAGCAGACGACACAGUAUUCUACUCCAUCUACUCCGACUUUUCUCUCUCCUCCUCUUCAUCCGCCAUUUCCGACCAUCUCCAAGCUCUACACCUCGAAAUCCUCAACAAUAUCUCUCCUUUAACUUCCGACUACAUAUGGCAACACGAACCUUUCUCCCUCUCUCUCUCCUCCUCAAACCACAUCCCUCACCUCCACGGCAAGGUAAAAUACGGCGACAAUCUCGACGAUGAGUGGUUCGUCGUCUUCCUCCUUUUCCAUCUUUCUCUCUCAUUUCCUUCUAUCUCUAUCCGUGUUUGGGACUCUGAUGGUGAAUUUCUUCUCAUUGAAGCCGCUUUUCACCUCCCUCGUUGGCUUAAUCCUGAGAAUUCUACGAAUCGAAUUUUUAUUCGGAAAAAUGAGGUUCAUAUUGUUCCUAAGAAACAGUUUUCGUCUACUCCUCCUUUGAAAGAUGCACUCAUGUUGUUAAUUAAUCGUCCUGAGGUUACUAGGGGUUCGGAUUCGAUUCAAUCGAUGAUUAAGGGUCGGAUUUCGGAGUAUCCAGAGAGAGCUAGGCGGAAUGUGCAUGCUGUUAGGGUUAGGGUUCCGGUUUCCGUCGCUCAGGUAUUGAGGCAUGAGCCCUGUCUAAUUUCCUUGGCGGUUGUGGGGUUCUAUGAUCGCGAUAUUGAUACCAUGAAAGAUGCAGCAAAUAUGGAGAAGUUUUUACCUAAGGGGCGUGAGGAGGAGCUGGUGUUGGUAUCAGUGAAGAUGUCCAGGGCUAUGUAUGCUCAACUGUUGCAACAGAAGUUUCAGGCACCUAAGUGUUAUCCAAUGCCACCCAUACCACCAAGGACUGAUCAGACUACAUACAUGGAGGCUGAGCUGGGGAUGAAGAUCGCUUGCGGGUUUGAGAUGAUGUACCAGCAUAGGAAGAGGGAGGGAGAGGAAGGGAAGGGGAGUACUUGGGAGGCGUUUAAGGAGAGUUUGGAGAGGAGUGGGUAUUUCCAGGGACUGCUUCCAGGAUCCAAAGAGUACAAGAGGUUGAUGGAGAAGGCAGAGGAGUAUUACAGGAAGAGUACUUUGCAUUGCAGGGCCAGUGAAAUGUUAAGUACCCCAGUGAGACGCAUAGAUGAGAUUCUUGCUUCACCACAUUCUUUGGAUGAUUUCGAGAGUCAGGAAGUGCCUCUAUCUGAUGAUGAUUCUUGGCUUUAUGGUGGGGAGGAAGAGUUGCAAUCUGUUCUUGAGGAGAGACAAAAGGAGAUGGAAAUUUAUGAGCAACGGCAGAAAAGGAAACAAAAAGGAAAGGAUAAGAUUAAUGAUGAUGAUUCAUCCAACCUAAAUAAGAAUGAUUUUGAUUUGGGAGAUAUAGCAAAAUCCAUGAAAUCAUUUGUUCAAAAAGUAUCAAGUUACCAAGGAGCGGAGGUACCUGAAGACAGGGAUUUGACAGACGUGGAUUUUGACGUGGAUCGUUUUAUGAAAGAGCUUGAAUCAGUAACAAGGCCUGGUGGUGAAGAUGAUGGUAGCGAUGUUGAUGCAGAGGAAGGAUCUUCAUCUGACAUGGAUUUUGAUGAGUCUGAGGGCGAGAGUGAUAUGGAAGAACCUGAGCUUAGUGACGAUAAGCAGGAAAAGUUUAUGAAUACUUAUACAGAGGUUCUUAAUGAAGAACUGAGAAGCACUACUCUUAGGAAAAGCUUUGUGCGGGCGAAAGAUCAAUCUUUGAAUAAAGACGAGGGCAUAAAUGCCGAAGAGAAAGACAUGGACGAGGACUUCACCCCAGUGGAUGUAGAUGUGAACCUCGUGAAGAGCCUGCUCGAUUCCUUUUCUUCUCAGCAAGGUCUUCCAGGUCCUGCUUCCAAUCUGCUUGGCCUUAUGGGGAAACAACUCCCACAAGAUGAUGUUGGCAAAGGCAAAGGCAAAGACAGAGACAAAUGAAAGUUUCGAUAUGUUGCUUCUCUCGAGUCUCGUGUUUUACUCGAGUUUAGCUAAUGAAUGUUUUUUUUGAGAGGGCUAAUGAAUGUUGUUUGUACAGUAAUUAUCUUAUGUUGAAAAUUUUGGUGAUGUAAAAUUAUAUAACAGAACCCUUUCCCA